UUUCUUUUUAAUAGUCAAACCUUCCUGGCAUUUUUGUUAUAGCCGUAUUCAGCCCAGCCGGAAAAUCUUUGUGAUCCCUUAGCGAGACCGCGAAAAGUUCGCCGACAAGGAAGGAGCUGUACUAAAAGUAGAACGAGUAGGACAACAUCGAUAGAGGCGAAAAACGCCGGCUAAUCGACGCGUCAAAACAACAAGCAGUGUAGGCAAAAAACAACGCAAUGUCGUCUGCCAGGGACCUUAUCAAAAUCGAUAUAGAAUGGGGAAUGGAGCGCCUAGUGCGGGCCCAACAAGUGGUGGAACUUCGUCCUUAUGACAUCGAGUCCUGGAGCGUUAUGAUCCGCGAGGCGCAAACACGACCCAUACACGAGGUGCGCAGCCUCUACGAAUCGCUGGUUAAUGUGUUUCCCACUACCGCUCGCUACUGGAAGCUCUACAUCGAGAUGGAGAUGCGCAGCCGGUACUACGAACGCGUGGAGAAACUCUUUCAACGCUGUUUAGUCAAGAUCCUGAACAUUGACCUCUGGAAGCUCUACCUGACAUACGUGAAGGAAACCAAGUCAGGGCUCAGCACGCACAAAGAAAAAAUGGCUCAGGCAUAUGAUUUUGCCUUGGAGAAGAUCGGGAUGGAUUUGCACUCGUUCAGCAUCUGGCAGGAUUACAUUUACUUUUUACGUGGCGUUGAAGCCGUUGGUAAUUAUGCGGAGAACCAGAAGAUCACAGCAGUACGCCGUGUCUAUCAAAAAGCGGUAGUCACACCCAUUGUUGGUAUUGAGCAGCUAUGGAAGGAUUACAUUGCUUUCGAGCAAAACAUCAAUCCAAUUAUAUCGGAGAAGAUGAGUCUGGAACGAUCCAAGGACUACAUGAACGCUCGCCGUGUGGCCAAGGAACUGGAAUACCACACCAAAGGUCUUAAUCGCAACUUGCCCGCCGUUCCGCCCACUCUCACCAAGGAGGAGGUGAAACAAGUGGAGCUGUGGAAGCGUUUUAUCACGUACGAGAAGUCUAAUCCGUUGCGCACUGAAGACACGGCCCUAGUAACCCGUCGCGUUAUGUUCGCUACGGAACAAUGCUUGCUCGUGCUAACCCAUCAUCCGGCCGUAUGGCACCAGGCUUCCCAAUUCUUGGACACCAGUGCUCGGGUGCUCACCGAGAAAGGCGACGUCCAGGCGGCAAAGAUAUUUGCGGACGAGUGCGCCAAUAUUCUGGAGCGCUCUAUUAACGGUGUACUGAACCGGAAUGCGUUGCUCUAUUUCGCCUAUGCGGACUUUGAGGAGGGAAGGUUGAAGUACGAGAAGGUGCACUCCAUGUACAACAAGCUAUUACAAUUGCCAGACAUUGAUCCCACACUGGUCUAUGUGCAGUACAUGAAGUUUGCCCGUCGUGCUGAGGGCAUCAAGUCGGCGCGUGGCAUCUUUAAGAAGGCACGCGAGGACGUUCGGUCGCGCUAUCACAUCUUUGUGGCCGCCGCUUUGAUGGAGUACUAUUGUUCUAAGGACAAGGAAAUCGCCUUUCGAAUCUUCGAAUUGGGACUAAAGCGAUUUGGAGGUAGUCCAGAGUACGUGAUGUGCUACAUUGACUACCUGUCCCAUCUAAACGAGGACAACAACACGCGGGUCUUAUUCGAACGCGUACUUAGCUCCGGAGGUUUGUCGCCACAUAAGAGUGUUGAGGUUUGGAAUCGCUUCCUUGAAUUUGAGUCCAAUAUCGGAGAUCUGUCCAGCAUCGUUAAGGUCGAACGUCGCCGCAGUGCCGUCUUCGAGAACCUUAAAGAGUACGAGGGCAAGGAGACCGCCCAGUUGGUCGACCGCUAUAAGUUCCUGGAUCUCUACCCCUGCACCAGCACCGAGCUGAAGUCCAUAGGAUAUGCCGAGAAUGUGGGCAUUAUCCUAAACAAGGUAGGCGGGGGAGUUCAACCACAAAACACCGGAGAUGUCGAGGCAGAUAGCGAGGCUGCUCCCCCGCUACCACGUCCGGACUUUUCUCAGAUGAUUCCGUUCAAGCCGCGACCAUGCGCUCAUCCUGGUGCCCAUCCACUUGCCGGUGGUGUAUUUCCGCAACCGCCAGCUCUGGCCGCUUUGUGUGCCACCCUGCCUCCACCAAAUUCCUUUCGCGGGCCCUUUGUCAGCGUGGAGUUGCUCUUCGACAUAUUUAUGCGACUCAAUCUGCCCGACUCUGCACCGCAACCGAAUGGAGACAAUGAACUAUCGCCAAAGAUCUUUGAUUUGGCUAAGUCAGUGCACUGGAUCGUGGACACAAGUACGUAUACGGGUGUUCAGCAUAGUGUAACGGCCAUUCCACCGCGCCGGCGACGUCUGUUGCCUGGUGGCGAUGACAGUGACGACGAACUUCAGACCGCCGUGCCGCCCACUCACGAUAUUUAUCGACUGCGGCAGCUGAAGCGUUUUGCUAAGUCAAAUUAAGGUCAGCUGUACAGACCCACUUAUUAUCCCACUUAUUUUUUUUCAAUUAAAGCAUUUACAACAAAUAUACGGAAAAGAAACAGUA